AUACCAUUCAAGUGUGGUGGAUAUAAUGGCAAGUCACUCCAAGAAAUAGGAAUCAUCUCAAUCAUCCAUCAAUCCUUAUUACUUAGCAUUCAUCAUGAAAUCAAAUCCAAAUUAUCAAGAACCAUUAGAAGAAGAAGAGGAAGAAGAAGAAUCAAAUCCACCAGAUCAACAAUCAAGAAGACCAUUAAAUCAAUUUCAUAAAAAACAUCAUUCAUCUCCUUAUUCUCAUCCAAGACAUCGAUUUAGUAAAAAACAAUCAAUCUCUAGAUUAAGUGAUCAUCAAUCUACUUCAAGUCAACUUCAUCAUUUUCUAUCAAACUCUUCUAGUUCUAUUCAAAAUCAAAACCAAGAACGUAAUCCAAUCUUAUCAAAUCAUUUAAAUUAUCAUACAAUAUCUCAUUCAUCAAUCAAUCGGACUUCAAGUAGAUCUUUCCAUCAAUCUGCUCGUCGUUUACCAGAUUGGUUAUCGAUCUAUUCUAAUUCUCAAAUACCUGAAUCAAGACCUCCUUCGAUUUCAAUCAAUCGUAAAGCAGUUUAUGAUGCUGAAUUUAAAGAUGAAUUAGCUGGUCAAUCUGGUAAUGGAAUGAGAGUUUGGUAUGAUACUUAUACUUCAGUAGAUUGGUUACAUGAACAUGUUAAACAAUCGAUUCGUAGAAAAAAGUUAAAUCAACUUGUUGGUUUUAGAGGUCGACUUAGACGAACAUGGGAUAAAUCUCAAGGUUGGGUUUUGGUGACGAUGAUUGGGAUGGUGACUGCUUUGAUGGCUGGGUUGAUUGUUUCUUUGGAAAUGUGGUUAUUCGAUCUUAAAGAAGGUUAUUGUGCUUCUGGUUGGAUGACUCCGAAGCGAUUUUGUUCUUUCUCAUCCAGUUCAUUCAUCCAAACGUGGUCCACUUCUCUUACGACAACUUCAUCAUGUCCGAAUUGGAUUCUAUGGACUGACGUCGUAUCAUCCGAUGGUUCAGAUACCCAUCGACGUUUUGUAGGGUAUUCUGUUUACCUUUUCAUAGCACUUUGUUUUGCUGGAUUAUCAUCUAUAAUGACUGUUUACCUAUCAAGUUCAGAAAGUGUUUAUUCUGCUAAAGAUCGAUCACAUGAUCCUUCAAUACCCUCUUCGUCUAAAACUCUUCAAACUUCUAAACCAUCUUAUGAGAACAUCCGUCAUUGUGAAUCAGUUCCACAAUCUCCGGAAAUCCAUCAACCAUCGUCUAGUUCUAGUCCAUUGAAUGAAGAAUCGGAUGAGACCUACGUUCCUAAUGAACCUUCUGUCACCACUCCUCGAGCCCAUAAAGUCGCUUACUUUGCUGCUGGUUCAGGUAUACCCGAGAUUAAAUGUAUUCUUAGUGGGUUUGUAAUUCGAGGAUAUUUAGGAUCAUGGACUCUUUUUACCAAAUCAUUUGGUUUAGCCUUAUCAGUAGCAUCAGGAUUAUCAUUAGGAAAAGAAGGUCCAUUGGUUCAUAUUGCUUCUUGUAUUGGUAAUAUCUUUACAAGAUGGUUUAAGAAAUUCGAUCGAAACGAAGCUAAGAGAAGAGAAGUCUUGAGUGCGGCUUGUGCUGCUGGUGUUUCGGUGGCCUUUGGAGCUCCGAUUGGUGGGGUUUUGUUUUCACUUGAAGAAGUGUCUUAUUUCUUUCCUCCUAGGGUCAUGUGGAGAAGUUGUUGGUGUGCUUUAGUGGCUGCAGCUACAUUGAGGGUGUUAGAUCCGUUCAAGACUGGAAAAACUGUCUUGUUCGAAGUUACUUAUGAUCGACAAUGGUACCUUUUUGAACUUAUUGGAUUCGUCUUGUUAGGUAUUUUAGGUGGUGUAUUAGGUGCUUGGUUUGCUCAAAUUAACUUUUGGUGGACUCAGAAUGUUCGAAAACGGACUUGGUUACAAUUCCAUCCGAUUGCUGAAGUUUUAAUCGUCACACUUGUUACCGUCUUAUUAGGGUUUUUUAAUCAAUAUCUUAGAAUGAGUGGAUCUGAAUUAGUUUAUGAAAUGAUAGCAGAAUGUAAAACGAACGAAUCUAAAGAUUUAUGUAUACAUGAUCCAAAUCAAACUGGGCCAUUAAUCUUAUCAUUAACCAUCACAGCUCUUUUAAAGUUCUUAUUGACCAUCGUUACCUUUGGGAUCAAAUGCCCAGCAGGAAUCUUUAUACCUUCUUUAUCGAUCGGUGCACUUUUAGGUAGAAGUUUAGGUUUGUUUAUCGAAUUUGGAUUCCAUCGGUUUCCUCAUCUUGGAAUCUUUCAUCAAUGUUUUCUUAAUCGAACUGAUGGAUUUGGUGAAGCUUGUGUCUUACCUGGCGUUUGGGCUAUGGUUGGAUCUGCUGCUAUGUUGGCUGGGGUGACUAGAUCUACGGUUUCUUUAGUGGUUAUUGUGAUGGAACUUACAGGUAGCUUGGUUUAUAUCUUACCAAUUGCUAUUAGCGUCUUGGUAGCCAAAACAACAGCUGAUGCGAUUGAGAGUCGAUCGAUUUAUGAUUUAGUAAUCGAAGCAUCAGAUUUGCCAUACUUGGAUGCGAAAUCAUCACAUCUACAUUCCGAAAGACCAAGUGAGAUUAUGGAUUCAGAAGCGAUGACGAUUUGUUUAGAAGAUCGAUUAAAGAUUUCAGAGAUCCAAAAGAAAAUCGAAUACUUAUCAUCUUCAAGUUCGGCUGGGGGAUUUCCAUUAGUUAGUCAAGAUGAAGUAGGAGAUCAAAGGAUAUUGGGGUAUAUCGGUCGUAGUGAACUUGAACAUGGGAUUUCAUUAAUUUCGGAAAAAGUUUUGAAGUUGGAUCCAUCGAUUAAGUUUCAGAGUGAGAAAGAGAUGGUAGAUUUAGAUUUAGAUUUAGAUUUAGGUGAAGAAGAAGAGAGUAGAGCAUUUGUGGGGAGAACUAGUAGGGUUGAAAAUGAUGAUGAGGAUGAAGAAGUGGAUUUAAGUUAUUUAGUGGAUCAUGCUCCGGUCACGGUUUCAGUUAAAUCUCCAAUGGAACUUUUACAUGAGAUGUUUGUAAGGUUAGGUGUUAGGUAUCUAGUCAUUCAAGAUGAAAGAGGAUUAUAUUUAGGUAUAAUCGAAAGGAAUAGAUGGUUAAGAUAUCUUAGUUGGAUUGAACAUCGAAAGAAAUCUACUUGAUAAGGGAACAUCAUGGCUUAUGGGUGAUCAAAUGUUUUUUGGUUGGACUCGCGGGAGAGAAUUGAUCACUCUAUUAUUGAUCAUCUUUAUCACUCGAUUAUCUUUUUCUUUUUCCUUUUCUUUGUCUUUUUCAUGAGAAUACCUUGUUUUAUAUUUAAAUCGGAUCAGUUAUUUUAAAUUUUCAUCAUCAUCCUCAUUGUAUUGUACAUAUACUCUUUUCUUAUCUUGUUUAAACAAUUUUCAUGAUUCAUUUACCUCUUUUUCCUUGUUGAUGAUCUAGUUUUGGAAGGUUUUGUAAAUUUAACGGAAAGUUUUUCAUUCAAAUCACUAGAUGACGAUGUUGGUUUUUUUUAGGUUUAGUCAUCCAUCUUAAUUCAAUGCAUAGUAGAGUCAACUUAUAUGG